AUGACAGGCUUCGACAUGGCCGCCAAGGAGGACGCUCCCCGCUUUUCCCAGUGGCGCAAGGUGACGGCUUUGGCCGGAGUCGCAUUGGGCACCUGCCUGCUGGCCCCGCUGGCCGUCUCCUGCGACGCCCGGUCUGGUCUGACAGGAGAGCUGUGUGAGCCCGCGCAGACUUCCGCUAAUCUGCGCGGCCGCCGCCUCUAUGCGCCCCACAUCGUCCACCACGUCUACGGCGCCGGGCAGCGCGUGAUGCAGCAUGCCUACGGUGCUGGAAGCUCUGUGGCGCACCACGUCUACGGUGCCGGAAGCAGCAUGAUGAACCACGUCUACGGUGCUGGAAGCCACGUGGUGCACCAUGUCUACGGUACUGGGUACGGGCAAGCCUACCAGACCUCCCAACUCCAUGGAAACUCUCUUGUGCAGGGUGCACCCGCUCAUGUCGUCUCCAAGGUGUAUGGUCCUGAAGAUUCGAAGGAAAUCCACGUCGUCUCCGGACACCACGGCUACCACAUCGUCGAUGGAGGUCGAAUCAACGAUUUCGGACGAGAUCCCGAGCACUUCACCACGCAUCACACCCACGUCAUUGUCCACCACCACUACGGCGGCCAUCCCGACGAAACCUACUACGUUCACCCUGGCAGCCAUCAUUUCAUGGAGCACUUCGCUGGUGGAACGCACGUCGACUGCACCGACAGCGGAAAUUGGUAUUACGAGUGGGACGCCCACAAGAAGCAUCUCUGUUGCUCCGCCGUCCAUGUGGGCUGCCCUGGCACUUGGCGGGGCCCAGAGGACCAUUGGAUGGACUCUGACACAAUCCAUGGCGGCUUCUUGAACGGAAAGCGUCCAGCCGAUGUGGACUCCGGAUUCGUUGACGAUGGCUUCGUGAACGGUGUGGGCCCGGCUGAUGUGUCGGACGUCGUUGGCGAUGAGGACUUCGUGAACGGAAAGGGUCCUGCUGAUGUGUCGCAGUUCGUUGACGAUGGCAUGGUGGAUUCUGGCACCGUGGAGGGCGGCGUGGUGGAUGACGGCACGAUGGAAUCGGGCAGCGUGGAUGCCGUCGAGGGUGUCGGUUCCUCAGAAGUGGCUGAGCCAGAGCAUGCCUUCUUGGCCGAGCCUAUCGAGAAGAAGAAGAAGUGA